UAGAAAUUGGUCUUAUCGGAUUGGUUGAUGAACUUAACAUCCGUAUUGAGAUAUGCGCCUGUACAAGUUUCACUUCGUUAUCAGCUACCGUUACCUAUCGAUAGUCACAACGUUGCUGGUGGAUUCCGUCUUGAAGCUUAUCGAAUGAAUUUGUUGGCUAUGAAUAAAAAUGGAGACCAACUUUACGUUGCCUAUGGGGAGCACGUUUUCCUCUUUCAAUUUCGUGAAAGACAAAGUCCAGUUUUUCAGGGAGAACUCUCCGUGGCUCCAGAUACCAUCAACAUGAUAAAGUACGCGGAACUAGCAGCAACAGGACCCAUACUUGUAGCAGCUUGUGGAAAUCCUGUGGUUGAAACCGGAGCUGCAGUUAUUUACUUUUUGGAUGUUUCUACUGCCUCACUCGUUGGUGAGGAACGUGUGAUUUUCACCAUGAGCUGUUCAGUGUGGGGAAUCAGUGUUUGUGAAAGAAAUGGUCUAAUAGCUUUGAGUUCCAAUGAUCAUUGUAUUAGUAUGAUUCGCAUAUGUUUAGAGAACGAAUGGGGGCCUCAAAAUAGAUUCUUUAUUGUUCCUUCUGCUUGUAGAGGUCAUCAACAUAAUAUUCCAAGCAUUGAUUUUUCAGCUCAAGGAAGAUUUAUUGCUUCUGCCAGUAUCGAUGAAACAUUGCGAGUUUGGGAUCUUACCACCGGCCAAUCUGUUGGGUUUUCUGAAGGUUGUCGAAUAGAGAGAGAGGAAGACAAGUGGGGUUGGGGUGUUAAGUGGUUGCCCAUAGACUCGGUGAAGAUCAUAGAAAAGGAUGAUCCUCUAUAUUCUUAUUUUUUUGAGUCCACAAAUACUCUCACGCAGCCAUUGCUUUCAAACUAUAAUGAGGAAGAACAUUCUGCUACUCAAUUGUUUAGGAGAAGAAGACAGCCGGUUCAGAUACAAAAUGAACAAAUACAGUCCAUUCCGCAGAUAUUAUUGCAUCCCGAUUGUUUACUUACAGAUGAUUCUGAACAAGGUGGUUUGAUGUUGUUGUUGCAGGAAAUUGGUUUGUCACUUGAAGACUUACAAGCUAUGAAGGGGGAGAACCGGAAUGACAAGCUUGUAGUUUUCACGCAAAGAAACUUUCUUCACCUACUAAGAGGUGGAGACCUGUAUCAGUUGGUGUUUCUUCCACAAGUAGUUCCGUUUAGCAAUUCUGGAAGUUUAAUGCGUCGUGGUAUGUUUCGUUUGAACUUACUUGAUUAUGCUCCCGACUUGUCACUGCUUGCAGUGGGUAAUCAAGGCAUCGGAACUGUAUCUUUGUGUCGUUUGCUCCGUAAUCGAGUAGGUGAAUUUCGUAUCAUUAUUGAGGAUAUCGUUCCACAGAGGACAGCAAUGGAAGAUGAACAAGUGCCUCUUGCUGGACUUUUUUUUAGAAAGGGCAAUAGUUAUUCGAAGACUUGUCCAUAUUACCAGUUGAUUCUGGUCUAUCUUGAUGGAGUCCUUCAAGUCUAUGAAGUAGAAAGGAGAACCGAAACAAGCCCUCUAGACAUUAGUGCUUGUUUUAUAUGAUUGAUAUUUAUUUGUAUGACCUUGUGUUUUAUUGAUUGAUUUGGUUCUUCAUUAUAGUACACUGAAGUAUUUGGAGUUGCUUGGAAAUAGGAAUUUCAUACAUUUUUGAAGCAAGCACAAAACUGAGAACUACGAUUGCGUCUGAAUGGAAGAAUGAGCUCAACAAAACGAUGCCAAAGUGACUUUGUUAGAUCGUAUUUAUGCCAAAUUUAAUGUUUCAGAAUGUUGUUUGUACAGAAUUGAGUGGGAAUGCUUCUUAGAAGCUGCUGUUCUUGUUUCAAAGAGAGGAACAAGAGAGUUGUUUUCCUAGAGUGUUUCAAGUCACUGGAUUGGAAGAUAAAUAGAUUGUAGUUGGUAUUUCUUUUGGUUUUGCGUUCAAAUAGUAUGUGACGAUCAUAACU